AUGGAGAAACAGAUCGUCAUUACAGGCGUCACCGGCGUCCAGGGAGGCUCCGUCGCACGCACAUACCUCCAGCUCCCAGGCUGGAAAGUCCGCGGCGUCACCCGCAACCCCGCCUCUCCCAAAGCGCAAGAGCUACAGUCAAGAGGCGUGGAGAUCGUCCCCGGCGAUCUGAACGACCCCUCCAGUCUGGAGGCGGCUUUCCAGGAGGCGAACAUUAUCUUCGGCGUGACCGAUUUCUGGACCAUCUUCCAGGACCCCGCGAGCAUGGAAAAGAAGGCCCCCAAUCAGGAGCUCACCGAAUAUUGCUUUGAGGUGGAAGUGCAGCAGGGCAAGAACCUCGUGGAGGCUGCCGCCCGCAUCCCGACGCUCGAACGCUUGGUCUUCAGCUCAAUGGCGUCCGCCAGUAAGUCGAGUCAGGGAGCGUUCCCCCGAAUCUACCAUAUGGACUCAAAGGCCGUCGUCGUCGACUAUGUUCAGACGCUGCCGGCGUUGAAGGACCGGUUUUCGCAGAUCCAGGCUCCAAUCUAUUUUGAUUUACUCUGGCAAUGGGGGCUUCCCACAACGCCGAAGAAGCAAGCCGAUGGGUCUUAUAAAAUCACCGGUGUCGGCCCGGCGAAUAUCCCCGUCCCGUUUGGAGAUGUACGGAAUGACUUCGGUCGAUGCGUCAAGGCGGUAGCCGAUGGACCUCCGGGCUUGAAUUUUCUUGCCGUUGGAGAUCUAGUGUCGUGGGAGGCAUACAUCGAUAUCUGGUGCAAGUCGCAGGGGGUUCCUAAUGGGGGCUACGAGCAGCACACUAUCGAGACCUUCGAGCAGCUACUUCCCGGGGGCCUGGGGCGGGAAUUCGGCGAGAACGUCCUCUUCGCACAACAAUUCGGGUAUGACGGGGGCGAUCCCACCGUCGUUAGACCUUCUGAGUUCGGUCUCAAGAUGACCUCGUUCGCAGAAUACUGUGAGCGAACCAAUUUCAGCUCCAUCUUGUAG